AUGAGUCUAUUGAAGAUUCCCUUCAUACUAGCUUCUGCUAUUGGCAUCCAUAUUUCGUCAAUUACUCCUUCUCCGCCCCCGUCAUCUGGAGAGAAGGUGGUGCCCUCGUCCAUCCUAGCCAUACAUAUAGAUCCCUCGCAUAUUCCAGAAGGUAUCUAUGCCGCUAGAGCCGUGCAGCUUUUGCGCAUUCUUCACCCUACACCAAUCACCCCUGCUUUCCUUGCUGGCAGUGUUGCCAUCGCGAUUGGCGGCGCAUUGAGGCUUUAUUGUAUAUCGACGUUAGGAAAGUUUUGGAGCUUCCACCUCAGCGUCAGAAAAGGGCACCGACUUGUGACAAGUGGGCCGUACUCGGUGGUCCACCACCCAAGCUACACUGGUCUCCUUCUCCAAGCUACUGGGAUUGCCAUCAUGUACGGAAGCCAAGGGUCGUGGAUGAGGCAGUCUGGGAUAUUACAAGUGCCUUUCAUCAACGUGUUAGCAAUGAUUGUCUUUUUCGGAUCUGUCACAUUAGCCACUUGGAUUUCCCUCAGCCGACCUGCAGUGGAGGACAAGAUGUUGCAGCUUGCUCUGGGAGAAGAAUGGGAGAAUUGGGCAAAGAAAGCGCGGCCGCCAUUGCGCAAGAACAACCGAUCAACAGCUCACGAACACCAGCCCGACCCGUCAGUCAAUUCCACGCGUAGAACACAAGCCAGGGCACUCAUCUAUAAGCCCCGAAGCACGCAAACAAGCAAGAUGGAUCCCCUCCAGGUUCCUCAUCUCCAUAUCUAUCUCCGCAUCGACCCCAAAGCCUGCCCUCCGCUGAUUACUGAGGCUGGGGGAUGGAAUGGAUGUUAA